AUGCAUUUCCCCAUCUGUGGUUCCAGAGAGAUUCCCCAUUUCCUCUGUGAGAUCAUGUCCAUGCUGAAAUUGGCCUGUGAUGAUGUCUCCGCCUAUGAGAAGGCUGUGGUAGUGACAAGCAUUGUGGUGCUCCUCAUCCCCUUGUCCCUCAUCAUGUCCUCUUAUGCUCUCAUAUUCCUUGCUGUCCUCCACAUGAAAUCUCCAGAGGGAAGGGACAAAGCUCUAGCCACUUGCUUUUCCCACUUGACUGUAGUGUGCCUCUAUUAUGGCCCUGCCAUGGUGGUCUACAUGAGGCCUAGUUCCUACCAUAAUCCCAGACUAGACCAAGUCCUCUUUGUACUUGACCCUAUUCUCACUCCAUUGCUAAAUCCUCUGAUUUAUAGUCUUAGAAACAAAGAAGUGGUGUGUGCUUGGCAAACGGUGUUGGGAUGCUGCCUAACCUCAGUUUAG